CAGCCAACCAGCGGCCAGAGCUUGGCGAGGCUGACAACAAGUGCGGAUGUGGAGCGCAAUCCUGUGUGACGGCGAAGUGUGAGUCUGAUAGUAGGUAGACGUCGGUAUGUGGAUGUGCACUACUUGCCACCGGCUGGCGAAGGAGGUAUCAUGCAACGUCGAAGGUCUCUGCAACGUGAUAAUUGGUUCCUCAGAAGCCUCAGGUGAGUUAUCCGCACACUCGCUUAGGACUGAACCUAGUGUUCUGUGUCGUGGUCAAUGGUUGGUGGUUCAAGGCAAAAGAGGGCGUCACUGUGCAGUGGUUUCGCGUCAGAUUUUUUUCCUUUCCGGAAGAGGCCUUCUAUCAAUUUUUUCCCCCUCUGUGCUGCAUGUUACUCCGUUCUGCACUCUGGGUCGUCGGCAGACGGAGUACUUGGCCCGUGCACGGAUGAGAAGGUUCCCAAGAAAGAAUGUACGACCGUAUCACAAGGACGCAUAUGGGCUGCUGGUUGAAAAAGGAUCAAUAUUGAAAACAUCACAACCGAGGAGUCCUAAGCCUCAAGCCUCGCAAGUCUCAAAUGUACUUUGAGGAUCUGCAGGGUUAGUACGACGACUUCUACGGGCUGACUGUGCGAACAUCAGGUUUUGGGUUGUCUCCUCGUCGCCGCCGGAACAAGAACCCCGCGAUUUUGGAUCCGGGACCGCAGACGACGGAGUCAUGGACCCAAUCACAACGUGCGAGGUUCUCGCAAGGCGACGUGCAGUGGGCA